AUGAAUACUGAAGAAACAAAUAAAUCAUCCAUGGCUACAACAGAUCUAUCACCAGAAAAAAAAUAUAUGAAUAUUGAAGAUUUAAAAACAAGUUUUAUCGGUAAAACAUCUGAAUAUAUAAAUACUAUGUUAAAUACUGUACUCGAUGAUCCAGUAUUACUUCGUGUAGCUAUAAGACGAUGUCGUCUUGAUUGUGCAGAAGCUGAACGUCGUAUAAAUAAAUUAAAAGAAGAUAAUAAAGAAUAUAUUCCUAAAAAUGAAUAUGUUGCUCUUCAACAAACAUAUGAUGAACUUGUUAAAACAUCGGAACAAUUAAAACAAAAUUUUCGUAAUGCUAAAGUUGAAUAUAAUGCAUUGAAAGAAGCACUUGAGUAUUUAAUUAAAGAUCGAGAUAAAUAUUUUACAUUAUGUGAAACUUAUCGUGCUACUUUAACUCCUAGACCAAAAUGGGAACGAUGUGCAUCAAUAAUUGAAGGUGGAAUAGAACGUUGGAAUGAAUUAGCUAUUGGAAAAACAAGUAAUGAGCUUGUAGAUAUUUUACUUAAUGAAAUUAUAGGCGGCAAUGAUAUUUACAAUAAUGUUGUAAAUUUUAUUGGUCUUGGUCUUGAUCCAAAAAUACCAAAAUUUCUUCAAACAACAUCAAAUAUUCGUAAUCGACAUUUUAUGCAAAGAGAUGUUUCACUUUUAAUUGAAGAUAUAUGGAAACAAAAGCUUGAAUAUGAUUUUGAACAAAAAUCUACGACAGCUUCGAAACAAAAUAUAAAAAUAUCUCUUGUUGAUUUUGUACAUAUUUAUUUUCAACGACGUUUUCCUGAUGAUGAACUUCUACAAUUAGAAUGGGGAUAUAAUCUAGUAGCAGGUUGUCGACGAUUUAAAUCAUCUUCUGAAAUAAGCAAUUUUUGGAGUGUACUUUUAGGACAAGUUAGUAUUUUAUAUCAUAAAUACAGUUAA